ACUAGCCAUGAAACUGGAAUCUCAUUCGGCGCUGAUCACGCUCGCACUUUUUUCUCAAUUUCAAAAUUCGGGAAAAAACGACCAAGGUUGGCACAAGGAUCAGUGUAGGAGCUUCUGAGAAAUUCUGAAGCUUCGUUUCGCGGCAAACAGACCAGGAAUCAAAAUGUCUGUCACUCUGCACACCAACCUCGGCGACAUUAAGUGCGAGCUAUUCUGCGACGAGGUCCCCAAGGCCUCCGAGAAUUUUUUAGCACUAUGUGCAAGUGGUUACUAUGAUGGGACAAUUUUUCACCGCAACAUCAAAGGUUUUAUGAUUCAAGGUGGAGAUCCAACUGGUACUGGCAAAGGGGGCACCGGUAUAUGGGGCAAAAAAUUUAACGAUGAGAUUAGAGAAUCUCUCAAGCACAAUGCGAGGGGGAUAUUGUCAAUGGCUAACAGUGGUCCGAAUACUAAUGGAAGCCAAUUUUUCAUAACGUAUGCAAAGCAGCCACAUUUGAAUGGACUGUAUACCGUGUUUGGCAAAGUAAUUCAUGGAUUUGAAGUACUUGAUCUUAUGGAAAAGACUCAAACGGGCCCAGGGGAUCGACCACUUGCUGAGAUAAGGCUGAACCGGGUAACAAUACAUGCUAAUCCGCUGGCUGGUUAGACAUACUGCAGAUCUGCAUUUUGUAAAAUUUAAGGAACUAUUUCCAAUACUAAAUCUAGCAAAUUGACGACGAAGGAAGGGAACCCACAAUCCAUUGAGCACUUGUUUUUACAGUUGGCUGAUGUAGAUAAAUCCUUUUGAUGAUUUGUACUAGUUAAGAGCUAUGACACUGCAUGUUCAUAGCUUGUGAUAAAUCCGUUGGAUCCAGAUUGUUGGCCGGUUAUACAUUUUAGAUUCCAUCAAAUAUUUUGCAUGAUCUGUUGGCCUUAAUGAAUUAGGCCUGGAUAGUACACCUUCCUAUCUUGUCCACUGGUUCUGCAUGAGCAACCAUUAUAGACGCCACUCAACAACUACCUGAUUUAGUGAUUUCAUGAGGGCUGAUUUCCAGAAUGAUCUUUCUAGUACCUCUCAUCUGGUGCCGGUGCCGGUGCCGGCUGUUAGUUCAAAGAUCUUCAGAUUAAUUGAGGUUUUUCACUUAAUUUGGUGAUCCAGAUCCGUUUCUGCAGUUAUAUUCUGUCAUUUGUGUCAUUCUGGUUUCUGUUCUCUGAUUGCUGCUAUCCUUAUUUGGUUGUGAUAUCUGAUUCAAAUUGUGACUAAGGUUCCUGUUCAGUUCUCAAUAUCAAUUCAGAAUUUCAA